AGCUGUGCCAGUGCCAUCAUAGUGAUUUGAUGUGGAAAAAAGAUUGUGAAACAGUCUGUCGUAACUCUAUUACCCGUCUCCCAGAUUAUCUUCAGACAGGACUAAAUAACACUAGGCUACCGUCAUAGAUGGAUUAGAUGCGUAAAAGAAAGUAAGAGAGUGUAGGCUAUCACCAGAGCAACAAAAGAAGAGAUGGUGGUUUCCGCGUAACUGGACAUGCAGCUGACGGGAGACUUUCCACAUCAGAGAUGUCAACAUGCGGAAUACGAAAAGAUCUCAAACAUCUAAACUGAAAUGUCGGACUUCCUGCUGCAAUCAUCACCAAGAUACUUUCACCCCUGAGGACAACAAACAGCAUAUUCCCGAACAAAGGGACAACCCAGAGUGAAGUUCUCCUAAAGCAGUAGAACAUUUAAAGGGAAAUCACCAGUUAAUGACUAUGUAGAUUGGCAAGUUGUGUGACCUCUGCUGUUUACUUUUAUACUUUAGUAUGUAGGAGGUGAAGUGAAUCUACACCAAACAGACAAAUAAUUUUGGAAGUCUAAAGAAAAACAGCUAACUUACAGGCAAGGAGGCUGGAGGGACUGUAGACUGAAGCUCGGUGGUUUGCAUGAUCAGCCCCUGAAGAUGCUCCACACUGGUAACUACUCAUUGGUGUUGCUGAUCCAGCUGACACUGUUGGCCUAUGACCUCUUUGUCAACUCCUUCAGUGAACUCCUGAGAGGUGCGCCUGUCAUCCAACUAGUGCUAUUCAUCAUCCAGGACAUUGCCAUCUUGUUCAACGUGAUCAUCAUUCUGCUGAUGAUGUUCAACACCUACGUGUUCCAGGUCGGCCUGUUGUCCCUGCUGCUGGAGAGAUUCAGGGCACUUCUGAUAUUCUCUGUUCUUUACCUGAUCCUCAGCAUCUGCUUCCACUGCUGGGUGUUGAACCUUAGAUGGCUCAAGUCAAACCGUUUUGUUUGGACGGAUGGUCUUCAAGCUCUUUUUGUUUUCCAGAGAACAGCGGCAGUGUUAUAUUACUACUUAUACAAACGCACAGCAGAGUUUAUGGGAGACCCGAGGCUGUAUGAGGACUCUCUGUGGCUGCGUGACGCCUUCGCCAGAGCUCGUCAGUGAAGAAGGGACAGCUGCAUUAUCAUCAGCUUACAAAUGACCCUUGGAAAGCAUUACACUAUUAAACGGAACAAAGCAAUUAGCUGAUGUUGAACACUGAUGGAAUUCACUAACGGGUCAAGAGAACGAAGGGAAGUCUCAACCACAGUUUCUGUUUACUGGCUCUUUGUAGCCAAGCAGGCAGCCGGCCAAAUGGUUUACAGCAACAUGUAAGCCAGCCAUGGUAUGUGUAGUAUUGUAUUCAUCAGGAUUGGAUCUGUUAAUCUAUGUGGCCUUUGUAAAUCAUUUUGAGUCGCAGGCUAAAUGAAAGGUAGAAAGGAAAGUUUAGGGAACAACUGUUACAGAUGCAGGUAUCGCCUCCCAUGAUCUGUAUAUAAUGUACCAUGUAGAACAAUAUAUUGUGAUAGUUUUGUUGGAAAUGUUGUUAUUCCCUGCGAAGAUGGAAGUAUGUGCUGUUAAUGUAAUUUUAAUAAGCCAAUUUUCAUGUGAACCCAGUUGUCUUUGGGGAUCUUUGAAUCGUGUUCCUGCUGUUUUUAAUAAAUAAUCCUUCUCUAA